ACCGUUAGGAAACGGCGUCAUUUUGUGCGACGCUCAGUUGAAGACAAGUUGUGUGAUUUUAACGCUCUUCUAGAGCGAUAAAAGUUGGUUCUUUCGUGAAAUUAUCUGUAAAAGAAUAGUAACAGAUAUUGAAGUGAACUAACUUGUGCCAUCAAAUAUGAAUAGACAGUCUGAUCAAACCCUUAAGCACGCCCAUGCCUUUUCUAGUUUAGCAAAUCAAGUGAUUUUUUUCAUGCUAUGUGACUGUUGGUUUUGCCCGCAAGAACGUCUCACUGGACUAUAUUCACUUUUAUUUUAUAAUAUUUUUGGUUACUUAGCAAGAUAUAUGAAAUUACUACUUUCUAUAUAUGAAGAAGAAGUGCCAUUCGUUGCUACAGUUAGCCGACAAUCUAAUGUACGACUUUUGGCUUUCACUGCCACUAAACUUUUGCUUGAUUUCAUCAGAGCCGUUAGUUUUGUAAUAACUGGAGUAUUUAUGUUGAUCAUGUUUGGUUUGGAGCAAGGAAUGCAGCAUUUUCAUCCAAAAUGGCUUUAUAUUACUAUUACCCUGUUGUAUUACAUCUUAACAGAAAAGGCUUGUCAAGAAAAAGCUCCACAUUUUUUGACAUGGUUACAGUUAGAAUUCUUUGAAAAUAUGGAAAUAUUUUGGACUCCAGUAAUUCUACACCUGGUAACAUCUCUUGCUUCAGGUUUCAUGAUAACGCUUGUUUGGUUAUGGUCAGAGGCAGGUUGGACACUGAUUCUGGCUUCCUGUUAUAUUAAUGUAUUUUUAGGUUUAAAGUAUAUGGAUCAUUAUUGGCAAGUACUGUUACAAGAAAGAUCAUAUCUAGAUCAGUAUCGCUAUGCAACCUGGAAAGAACUAGCAGAGAAAAAUGAUGUUUGUGCAAUAUGUUUACAAGAUAUGUUAUGUGCAAGAGUUACACCAUGUAAACACAUGUUCCAUGGAACAUGUUUAAGAAGGAGUUUAAAAGAAAGAUCGACUUGCCCCAUAUGCAAACAAGAACUAAUGUAAUGUAAAAAGAACAUUGAAACUAAUUCUGUAGAAAAUAUAAAGUUUCUAGAUAUCUAUGGCUUUUGCCAUUAAAUUUAUAUACAUAUAUUUAUUUUUAUGUUGAUCUCUUUUAUUAUUUGUAAACUUAUUUAUUAUUAGAUAUUUAUUUACAAAGGAUUUUUAUCUUGGAAAAACAAAAAAGCACAAAAAAUAUAUAUACACAUCAAUGAAACGGGAAAGAAAUAAAUGACCAAGUGACAAACAGUAAUCUUAUUUACCAAUAAUUACUUUGAUUUGUAAGUUUCAACUAAUUUAACUUAAGUUUCAAUUCUAGUCAUAAAUUAAUAAAAACACAAAAAUUUAAAAUAUAGUACAAAUAUUUUUAAAUUUAUAUUCUAUGUAUAUCAUAUUAAUAUAAAAAUGCAAAUAGUUUAGAUAAAAUGUAUAAUUAUUUCUUGUUAAGUUUUGUUUAUUAAUUAUUCAUAUUCAUUUAGCAUGUUAAAUAAUUCCAUUUACACAAGACAAAAUGGAAUUAUUCAUAUAUAUUGUUAAUUAAUUUCUCUGCGUAAAAUUUUUGAAUUUAAAUAAUUAAAUGAAAAAAUGUAAAUAAAUAUCAAAUGUGUCAUUUCCAUCAAACCAAUGAAUGUGCAAUUAUAUUUGUAAUAAAAUAUUGUUCUUUGA